AACAGCUAAGCGGUAAAACAGCUGUGUACGAGUUUUGUCACAAAAAUUUUUCUAAGUUUUCCAAUUUGUUUGCUGCUGAAUUUCGCUGUAGUUUACAAAAAUAAAGUAUAAAAGAAAUGCAAACAAUUGGACGUUUGCUGUUGCUGUUUUGUACGCUACUUUGCAUAUUAACGCAAAUAACUACUCAGGAGGCCGGUAACCAGCUACCUGAAAAAUAUGUGGAAUCCGUGCAACGUUCAACACACACCAACAACUGGGCGGUGCUUGUCGAUGCAUCACGCUUUUGGUUCAACUACCGGCAUGUGGCUAACGUGCUGAGCAUUUAUCGUUCGGUGAAGCGUCUGGGCAUACCCGACUCACAAAUCAUACUCAUGUUGGCUGAUGAUAUGGCUUGCAAUGCGCGCAAUCCACGUCCUGGUCAGGUGUAUAAUAAUGCAAAACAACACAUAAAUGUGUAUGGUGAUGACGUGGAAGUGGAUUAUCGUGGUUAUGAAGUGACGGUGGAAAAUUUCGUACGCCUGCUGACAGGGCGUACACAAAAUGGUACGGCACGCUCAAAGAAGUUGCUAACUGAUGCGGGUAGUAAUGUGCUAAUCUACCUUACCGGGCAUGGCGGUGAUGGUUUUCUCAAAUUUCAAGAUUCCGAAGAGAUUACCAGUCAAGAGUUAGCCGAUGCGGUUGAGCAAAUGUGGGAGAAGAAACGUUAUAAUGAGCUCUUUUUCAUGGUUGAUACUUGUCAAGCCGCUUCCCUGUACGAGAAAUUCACCUCACCAAAUGUUUUGGCAGUGGCAAGCAGUUUGGUGGGUGAAGACUCGCUAUCGCAUCACGUUGACCAGUCCAUUGGCGUUUAUAUGAUAGAUCGCUACACUUAUUAUGCUUUAGAGUUUCUCGAACGCGUACAACCAAAUAGUAAAAAGACAAUGGGCGAAUUCCUGCAAGUUUGCCCCAAACGCGUUUGUAUCUCCACAGUAGGCGUGCGUAAAGACCUUUAUAGACGCGAUCCCAAUAAAGUACCCAUUACCGACUUUUUUGGUUCAAUACGCCCCACGCAAAUUUCAACUGGACGUGUCAAUAUCACGCUAGAAGAUGAAGAAGAUUUCAUCAACGCCGCUAUAGCCGCCGAAGAGGAGGCUGCUAAACGUAGCACAUUUAAAGUCGAAUUUCCAUCGCAAUUUCCUACAGAAUUAUUUAAAUAAAAUGUGCUCAUACAUGGUUUAGACUGAAAAGUAUUACAUAACUCUACGUUGCUUAUUUUUAAAAUAUAGUCUACAUAUUUUUAAGACAUUUUGGCAAUAUAUACAAAAUUCACAUGCACGGCACCAGCAAAAA